AGAGCCCUGACUCAGCUGCUGCUGCCGCCCGAUCCUCCUCUCUUCUGUCAAUUGCUCUGUCAUGCCUCUGAUGCAUGGGCAUGCUGACGCUGCUCUCUGCCAUCUGUGAGUAACACACACUUACAUUCAGUGAUCGCUGCUGACUCCACACGCAUGCACGGGCACACUGGGGUUUCACUUGGGUAUGGUCACGUGCUGAAGACUGAAGGGCUUUCACUGAUCUGUUUCUCUGGCUUGAGCUUGUGUGUAAAUCCUUCUUCCCUUCUUGAAUAACUGACUUAACCUUUCUUACUAUCUGCUUGGCACAUGCCCUUGAAUUGCGGUCCGUCUUAUUGCUAAUCAGUCGUUCCCUACGGAGAUCGUUAAUCGUUGAAGUCAAACUGCCAUCGGUGCAUGUUUUGGACGUUAAUGUGCAUUCGGUGUCCCUAAAUAAUAUUUGGAGAUGCAAACAACACUUAAAAGUUUUUAAAUGUCAUUGCAUUGAAUAAACAAACUUUUACAAGUCUUUUUUUUUAAUACAAGCCAGUUGGUGUAAUAUUUUAUAGGGAUGCUCCUACAUGGAUAAUAUGUCUACGUAUAAAAAUUCAAUUAAUAAUAUUUUCAAUAACCGAUAUGAUUAGAUAUCAAUCUACAUUUUGUCAGACUGAUUACAAAAAAAGUAGUCAUGUUAAAAGUUCAGAUCUCUAUGUUCUUCAGAUGACACCAAAAACCAUGUGCAGUGGGACACUUCAUCAUUUAACUAAUACAGGCUUGUUAUGGAUCAUUAGAACAUUAGAUUAUUACAACAAUACAGUACAAAUUUUAUUUCUGUAGCACAUUUAAAGUGCUUUCCAGCAUAAAGGCAAUAGACAGUUACAUACAUUCACCCAAACGCAAAAAAAAAAAAAAAACAUUGUUUACUUUUGUCAAUUUUAAAAGGAAAAUAUAACUUCUAAAAUAAUGAUAAAAAUAAGAAAGUGUCUUAAUCUUGAAGUAACAUCCAAACUAUCUAUUUUAUUUUAUAUUAUUUUGAAUAAUAUGUAGGCCAAAUAGAAAUAAUGUGGUCACCCAUGAUCACUUUAUUGUCUUAAAUGUCAGCCUGAUUUUUAUUUAUUGGAUCAAUAACCAUAACAUGAAAAACUCAUGUCUGAGUCCGCUGAAACCUUCAUGACUGCAGUGCACCAUGUGUCUUCAAGAUUUUAUGUGAUGCAAUAACAUUCAUACAUUUUUAAGUGUUGCUUAAAUGUACUAUCUGUGGCUUUCUUGAUAUACGCACUACCAGCACAAACGGGAACUUAACUGUCAAUUUCGUUACCGCCCCUUUUUGGGGGAAAACAAACAAGACUUCCCAUAGGCUUCAAUACAAAAUAGCGGCAAAAAGCAAAGUCCAUACACAGUCGACAGACGUGAAUAACUUAAGUAAGCACUAGGAUUAAUCAUGUCAAGUAAUUAUAUGUCCACCCUGCCUGCCAUAGAGCGUGAAAGAUACAUCCAUAAACUUAAUUUGGUCAAUUUAAAAACUCAUUAUCCCAGCGUCAAAUUGGUGUAACAACCCCACCCAGUGGCCAGAGGUGUCUUGCCGGACAUUUACUCAUACCUAAUCUAAUCACCAGGUAAACCAGUGAAUGAUUUUACUUCAUUUGAAAGUAAACAUCUUUAAAUGUAUAUAUUAUGUCCUUAUAUUUAGAGUACUGAGUGCACUUUCUGUCCAGCUAUACAACUAGCCUGGCUUCGCUUUCGAUAGCAUCAUCCGUAAUACAUAAUAUUUCCAUAACAGCAAGAUAUGGAUGAUGGUGGCAGGUAGCCUGGGCUAAAUUUGGGUUUUUACAAACAUUAUUGGUGCACCCAACCACACAACAACUCUUUGGCAUGUUGUAAGGUUAGUCCACUUCCUCGAUCCGAUGCUGUAUGGCGGUUUGUUUUCCCCCAAAAGUGGGCGUGAACCUGUUCAGAGACAUUCUAUGACGUUGCGCCGGUUGUGAGUAUGGCAGAUCACAUGGCUAAUUCCAAUAUAAAUGCACUGAAUUAACUGCAAAAAUGCAGUUAAAAUCCCUGAUUAUCAGAAAAAGUAGUUGGGUGGUAUGCUUUGCUUUUUAGCAUGUCCUGGCAGCUUCAUGGAUCUGGUCGAUAUGUCUGGUGUUUUUAGGCUGUUCUUGGUUCCAGAUGCUCUUUUGUGCAGGUUAGGUACCAGCCACUAGGUGGUGUGAUGGUUUCAUCUUUUAGCUUCUAGGGCCCAGAGCUCCACUAGCUCAGUCCCUUCAUCCUGUUUAACCCUUUGUCUGUUCUUCCCCUCUCCCUCUAUGGUGACUCCUGUGUGCCUUAUUCCAGUGUCAUUGGACAACCAGCACAUGCUACACUACAUCCGGGACAAAACAGCCGUGCCAUAUUUCUCCAAUUUGGUCUGGUUCAUAGGCAGCCAUGUCAUCGAGCUGGACAAGUGUGUGCAGACUGAUGAAGAACAUAAAAACAGAGGAAAACUCAGCGAUCUGGUAGCUGAGCACCUGGACCAUCUUCACUAUCUGAACGACAUCCUCAUCAUCAACUGUGAAUUUCUCAAUGACGUGCUGACCGACCACCUGCUCAACCGCCUCUUCCUUCCCCUAUACGUGUACUCUCUGGUCAGUCAAGAGCAGUCUGAAGAGCGCAAGAUCAACCCUCAGGUGUCUCUCUACCUGCUGUCACAGGUGUUCCUAAUCAUCCACUACCAGCCGCUUGUCCACUCCCUGGCUGAUGUUGUUCUGAACGGAGACCUGUCAGUGUUCACCCUGCAGCCUGAACAGAGCGCUCACAAGAGUUCAAGCAAUGCUGGUGUUCGUCGCUUCACCAAGCCUCUAGAAAGUCUGGAACGCUCCCUGGAGAUGAGUCGUCACCGUGGGAGGAAGAGAACCCAGAAAAGACCCAACUAUAAGAACGUGGGCGAGGAAGAGGAGGAAGAGCGGGGAUCAGAGGAAGGCCCGGAAGAAGAGAAGGAAAAGGCUAAAGGUACAGAGGCUAGUUCAAAGGCCAGCAGGACAAGUGGGGACAAGGAAGAAAUUGAGAUGGUGGUGAUGGAAAAAUGUAGGAUCUCUGAAGUGUCCUCGUUGACGGAACAGAACAUUACAGAUGAGGAGAAGAGCGCGGCUGCGGCACGAUCUGAAGGACAGAAGAGCAGGCCCUUCCUGGACAUGUUGUAUAACGCAAUGGACUGUGACACAGAGGAUUACCAGGCUCUGUUUGUGCUUUGUCUCCUGUAUGCCGUGUCUCACAGUAAAGGUAUAAACCCGGAGCUCUUAGAGAGGAUCCAGCUACCUGUGCCAAAUCAAGAAAGGAGCUCUUACAGUCAGGUGUUGGUGGAAAGAGUAAUCCGAAUCAUGAGCCAGGCUGCUCAGCCAGAUGGAAAGGUGCGUCUUGCCACCUUGGAGUUAAGCUGUCUGCUUCUGAAACAGUCUGUGCUGUCGGGCUCUCAAUGCAUUAUAAAGGACAUUCAUUUAGCUUGUUUGGAGGGUGCCCGAGAAGAGAGUCUUCACCUUCUGAGGCGGUUUUAUAAGGGGGAGGAGAUUUUCCUGGACAUGUUUGAGGAUGAAUAUAGGAGCAUGAUGAAUAAGCCCCUAAACGUGGAAUAUCUUAUGAUGGAUGCAUCCAUUUUACUUCCUCCCACUGGAACCCCCCUUACCGGCAUUGAUUUUGUGAAGCGAUUGCCCUGUGGAGAUGUCGAGAGGACACGCAGGGCUAUCCGUGUGUUCUUCAUGCUGCGCUCGCUGUCCCUACAGCUGCAGGGAGAACCAGAAACUCAACUUCCUCUCACCCGACCAGAAGAUCUCAUCAAGACCGAUGAUGUGCUUGACCUCAAUAACAGUGAUCUUAUUGCUUGCAUGGUGGUGAGUAAAGACGGGGUUCAAGCUCAGCGCUUCCUGGCUGUGGAUGUGUACCAGAUGAGUCUUGUGGAACCGGAUUCAAAACGUCUCGGCUGGGGUGUUGUCAAGUUUGCUGGCCUUUUACAGGACAUGCAGGUUUCAGGUGUAGAAGAUGACAGCAGGGCUCUGAACAUCAUCAUACACAAGCCCACGUCUAACCCUCAUGCCAAGCCUGUGCCCAUCCUGCAGGCUAAUUUCAUUUUUGCAGACCAUAUUCGCUGCAUCAUCGCCAAACAGCGACUAGCCAAGGGCCGCAUCCAGGCCAGACGCAUGAAAAUGCAGCGGAUAGCAGCUCUAUUGGACCUUCCUGUUCAGCCUUCCACAGAGGUGCUGGGCUUCAGCCAACCAUCUGUUGCUUCAUCUCUGCCUUUUCGCUUCUAUGACCAGUCUAGACGCGGCCCAGCCUUCGCCUCUGUAGAUAAAGUUCCAGGUUUUGCAGUUGCUCACAUUGCUCAGCACAACCCCUCAUCAGCCUCCUCCACCUCACUCCCUUCUAGUGGCUCCACCGGCCCUGCUGACUCUGUCACAGCUAGCAGCACAUCCACACACACCGUCAUACAGAGUCAAACAGGACUCGCCCUGGCACCUAGCCUCACCCCUGCACCGCAACCCACCAUCUCCCUCCUGUCUGACAAUGAUGCCGAAACGCUGAGCGUGGACUCCCUGACCCUGUUGCCCCCCGCCGACCCGCCUCGCCUGCGCUCCUUCAGCACCCAGUCCUCCGUCCAGGAUGACGUCUGUGCAGACGGAGAAGAGACGGCGGUCGCCGGCCGAAAGGAAGACUACAACACGGGGGCGAGGGAUGCACAGUCUCAAGACGACAGGGAGGAUAUUUCAAUUAUUCCAGAGGAAGAUGAGCCAUCUUCUGAGUCUGGGCCGUUGCUUAAUGCAGAAACUGAGGAUUUGAUGCAAAUUCAGAGGGAGGAACCUGUGACUCAGCUCGAGACAGACUCUAUGGGCGACCAAGAGGACAACCCAGACCUGGAGGAGGAAACCACGAUAGACUGAUACAGCUAAACUAAAAUGUACCAAGAAAAUUAGGGCCAGGUUACUAAAGCAAGAACGCAUGUUAAUGUUGAUUACUCAAUGUGAGCAUGACCGAUUCUGGUUUUGCGCAAGCUACUUAAGCUAGUCGGCACAUGCUUUCAGCUUUAGUGAUUCAGGCCCUCAGUUGUAUCCAUGUGUAUUUGCUGGCCGUGUCAACACAGCGGUUACCAGUACUUUUCCUUAUAUCAAGACCAUGAUGCAUUUCAGAGGAAAACAGCACUCUUAGAACAAUGACAUUAUUGUUUGUCACGAGUGAGUGCUGCUUAAAGCACAGUCUUUUUUCUGUGUUGUGUGCGAGUUGAUCCAGCUGUUUCUCUGCAUGUGUGACUGUUUUGUGAUUGUGUGCGACUGCGACUGGGAGUGUGUGCACGAAUGGUUUUAUGAUACCGAGCAGAUGGAGAGGAGAGGGCGUGUUUGUAUAAAUCUGUAUCUGAGUGGGUUAGUGGGGAAAGCCCGCUUGAUUUUACCAGUCUUAACACUGAAGAAUGUACAAAGACUUCUGGGUCUAUCCAGCGGUGCUCUUUUCUGAAGGUAUAUUUAGUUUUGGCUGAACAUUCGUUUUCACUUCAUCGUUUUGAAAAAAAAGCCCUUUUGUGUCAUUCUUUGGAGAUUGUAAGGAACCGAUAUGAGCUUGAAGUAACCCGUUUUAAUUCGGCGCAGCAUUUAAGAUCAUUCAACCCAUGAACUCUUGCACCAUCAAGCCUUUUUGUACCAAAUCCGCUGACUCGCUUAUAUCAGUCACGUUAUUUCAUCAGGUGAACAAACCUGAUGUCAUAGAGUUUCAUUCCUAAGCGUUUGUCACUGCCGUACGUGCAUUUUUUCUUCUUUUUUUUUCUUUCUAAAACACUUUGAAAUCUGGAUGAAUUUACCUGUUUCCGUUCAUGUAGUUACUGCUUUAAGUACCACUUAAGUGGUCUCUUCCCUUUUUAAAGCUGAGGCAACUUAUCUGUAUUUUUAGGUGCGUUUUAAUGUUCUUUAACACUUAAUAUUCUAGAGGUCAUCAAGAGCUUGUGCUGGACACACGUAAUCAAAGCUGGGUGUGAUGUAUUUGUGGUUUCGUUUUACUUUGGUGUGCAAUAACAGUAAUUCAAGACUCGUUUAUUUCACUUACAGAUUCAAGUAGUUGGACUACCAUCACUAAUGGACUGAAAUGGAAAAUUAAUUUUCGGUUUAUAGACUGCAGCACAUAGAAGGGAUCCACACACUCUUGCGGUGUGACACAGAUGCAAAUGUGUGGCAACCGUGACUGGACGCUUUUCUUUCCAAAGAAAAGCACUCCUACUUAAGCUUUAUCGGCAGAGUUUGUAAAAUAUUACCUUUAAAGCAAUACAAUUAAUUCUGCGUAUAUCAGUAUUUUGAGUUAAGUUCAUUGUCGAGAAGGGGGGCAUCAUAGUUUGUACACAGUGUAAAGAUUUGUUUUGAUCUAAUGUUAUAAUUAAUUUACCAACUGGAGCUAUCAAAGUCAUGCAAUAAAUUAUUCUGAUGUACAUUU